UUUUGGAGGAUUCUUGUUGUUUUGCUGAGACCUACAUCUUCGGCAAUAUUCCUCGAUUUACCUCUGAACAUUGGCUUUGAUAUGGUUUUUGACUUUCUGGAUGACUGCUGCCAUACACACUGACCUAUGUGUGCUUCCAGCUUGUGUCUCGAAGCUUCCUUUGUCAUGAAGCAACAUUAGAACAUAAGCAACAACUACUAUUAGCAACAAUUAUUUUCUUUUUGCCUUCCAUGUUAGAAAUGAAGUAUACAGGAUAUUUUACUAACAUCUCAUCAAUGCAUGAGAUGUAGUGACUUGUUAACUGCCAUUUUCUGAGCUAGAUAUUUUCCUUCAAACUAAAAUGGUAUGGCAAACUCCUAGAGCAAGCUGAGAAGAUAAAUUCACACAAGAAAGUUUUAACAUUAAUUAUACCGUACUCUGUCCAAUACACUUUUGGUUAAAUUCAUUGAAUUUCUCCCUGUGGUCCUCUAGCUGUUUUUUGCACACACUGUGUGUUUGCUCACAGUCCAGGCUCAGUAACUGUGAAAUAAAUGAACUGGUCAGACUGAGCAAUACACUCCAGCCAAACAACAACACGGGCUCAGGAGCACUGAAGGUAAGGGUGUAUUUGAUUGGUUGUUGUGUUCAAACAUCAACAACCUUUCACUGCGCCUUUAGCAACAGUGAAUGAUGGAGGAGUGUCCAGCAGAUGGCGCCAUUGUGUAAGUAUAGGAAUUUUGUACUUACGUGUCAUGGAUUAAAAAUAAAAAGGUCGUUAAACUUGCUUUUUUUUUUUUUACCAAACUAGGUGCAGAACCAUUUUCUGUGUAGCAUUUUAAAAAUGAGAAGUAUUUAGUCUGUUUUAUCAUCAAAAAUAUGGGUAUGGGUUUAGACAGUUCCUGGAAGUUGUGGUAGAGUUUUAAUCUCUCUAUCUCUGCACGAAAUGUGUGCUAUUGGUCUGCACUUUAUAUUUCCUGUCAGUCAACACUGAGGGCAAUCAUCAAAGAAGCAAAGCAAAAAGCGGAAGAGUAACAUGAAGGACACAGACAUGUCUAAUGGCACUUGCAACAUAUCUCAUUUCAGGUAUCCACUCUUCACAGCAACUUACAGCUUGGUGUUGCUUGUGGGCCUGCCACUGAAUGCUUUCUCUCUGUGGACACUUGUCCGUCGACUGGGGCUGAGGUCAGUACCAGUUAUCUACAUGACGAACUUGGCACUGUCAGACCUGCUCUUCACACUUUCUCUGCCCUUGAGAAUCAUCUACUUUGCCAGGGGUAUGUGGCCCUUCAGUAAUGAAGCCUGCAUGAUUCCUGGGACGCUCUUCUCAGUGAACCUCUACUCCAGUUCCUUCUUCAUUACCUUCAUCAGUGUGGACCGUAUGCUGGCUGUGGUGUACCCUCUACGCUCACGCCCCUGGCGCACUGUGUCUGUGUCCUGGACAGCAAGUGUGGCGGUGUGGGUAGGCAUCAUUGGCCUGUCUGUUCCAGUGGCCUUAAACCACGGAGCCAACUGGGACGAGCACUGCUCUGUGCGCCGCUGCUUUGAGAACUACCCGGAAGCUGCGUGGCAGAAUGGUUUUAUCAUCCUAUGCAUACUAUCUGUGGCUGGGAUUUUCAUCCCUUUUGGAAUCAUCUUCAGCUGCACCAUUGCCAUCAUCAGGAAGCUAAGAGAUCAAGCUCCGUCCACCUCGGAGUCUACAUCUGAGACCAUGCUGAACAGGAGCAAGAUGGUGAGGCUGUUCCAGAUCAAUUUGUUCAUCUAUGCCGUAUGCUUUAUCCCUUUCCAUGUUGCCUUUGUUCUCUAUGGAUUGUACAAGCUGAAAUUUCUGGAGUACAACUUCUUUGACGUCCAGACUGUGACCAUGUGCUUGGCCAGCACCAACAGCUGCUUGGACCCACUCAUCUAUUACUUCGGCUCCAAAAGCAUUCAGAGAAAACGAGUGGACACGGCAGUGCUGAGAACGCUUGGAACAGGGAGCUGAGUUAGGACACGUGUUCUUCACCUAAAUACGUAAAGAAACUUUGAAUGAAUUUCACUGGGUAGGAUUUAUGUCACGCUUAAAACAAACUAUUAUUUAUCUCAAAGGUAGUUGUUCCUGUUAACUUGUGUAUGGUGUGCAAGAUACCAAAAAAACGUUAUAUAUUUUCUUCAUUGCAGCUUUCUUUGAGAGAAACAUUUCAGCCACGUAGUAAUGUCGUUGCAGUAACGUAAAACAACUAUGCAGUUUCUGACAUCUCAAACUCAGUGAACUUUUCCUGGUGUUGAAGUGUAUUAGCCUAUUGUAAAAAUCUAAUCUUUGUUCAUCAUGUGUUAUUCUAAUCUGCUUAAAUAAAAUACAGUAAAAAUAAAGUAAAAUACUUACCUGAAAUUCACUUAUUGUGUGAACCUUUGCGUGCACUAAAGAACAUCAUUCAAGCCUCAUCUAUUAAAACACUGCUCAUCUAAGUGUCAAACAUCAUCUAUUAAAACACUGCUCAUCUAAGUGUCAACCAUCAUCUAUUAAAACACUGCUCAAAAGGAAACAUUACUUUCAGUGGUUUAUUUCUAAGUAGCAAGAAUUUUACAAGCAGGUGGAACAAAAGAGAGACGACCAGUAAUAAAAAUAGGACUUUACAUUUCCUUUCACCCAUACCUUCAGCCCUAACUUUAGAGUC